AUGAAACGGAAGCCACCGCAAUAUCCAUCAUGGGAUGAUCCAGUUCGAGAUCCACCAGCUGAAGGAAUGUAUCGGAUGUGCGCUCAAGAUUUAAAUGUUUCUCUUGAAGAUUCGCUUAAGACAAAGAACUUUCGUGAGUAUUUAGAAAAUCUUAAUGUCAGACUUAUCACCAAUGAUGGUACAAAUCAAGCCUUAGUUUGGCUUACAAUGGCGAGAAACAUAUUCAAAGCUGAACUUAGUGAAAUGCCUGAGCAUUACAUCUCGAGGCUUGUUUUCAACAAAAAGCACUUUACAGUUAUUCUCAUCAGGGAAGGCAAUAUUCUCGGUGGAAUUUGCUACAGACCGUUUUUCGACAGAGACUUUGCAGAAAUUGCAUUUUGCGCUAUCUCAUCGCGCGUGCAAGUACGUGGCUAUGGUGCAUACGUCAUGGCCUGCGUCAAAAGAUGUCUCCAAGUACAAGGAAUCAACAACAUCUUGACUUAUGCAGACAAUUCCGCUGUCAACUAUUUCAAGCGCCAAGGGUUUUCACUAAAAAUAUGCUUCCCACGUGAAAGAUGGUGCAGAUAUAUCAAAGAUUAUAUUGGAGCGACUUUAAUUCAUUGUAAGAUACAACAGGACGUAGAUUACUUAUACUUACAUGAUAUUACAGAUGAACAAAAGCGUUUCGUGUCGAAAUUGUUACCAGAUUUUCCAUUAAACCACGCAACAUCAUGGCCAAUUAAAAGAGUCCAAGGAAUAGUAAUAGACCAAGAAGCCCACUUCGAUGUUGCUAAUCAGAUGCGUCUUAUCGUUCAAAAAGCCAAAUUACAUUCGAAAGCUUGGCCAUUUCUUCAACCAGUCAACUUAACAGAUGCACCCCGUUAUCUGGAUAUCGUUAAGAAGCCAAUGGACCUCUCUACGCUAGAAAAGAAUGUAAAUUCCGGAAAAUACCAAACACUUCAACAAUUUCGAGACGAUAUGUGGCUUAUAUUUACCAAUUGUAUUAAAUAUAAUGGUGAUUCAAGCGUUUACUCGAAGCACGCAGCUGAUCUUGAAAAAUACGCUGCAACUUUGUUCGAAGAGUAUAAAAUGGGCCAUAGAAGAGGCGAAAAGGUCUAA